AUGGAUCGAUUGGUUCAACCCCUUAAUUUUACAAUACCAUCCAAUAAUUUCAGCUUCACGUUUAGAUGUGAAGCACCACAAGAAGUUCAAAAAUAUUUUCUGUCUGUUAAAUUUGGGUUCAACAUUUCCAUUACAUCGAAAAAAGGUUUCUUGAAUCAUCUGGAGAGAAAGAAAAGGAAGGAAAGAUCAAUGAUCACUGAACUAAGGUUUGGUGUUUCUAUUCAACUUCAGGGCAUCUUCAGGGAAGCCUCUCAUAAACUAUUCAUACGUGACCCAAAAAAGCCCAAGCCAAAAAAAUAA